UUUCUCUCCGGUUACAAUAACACCGCCGUCCUCCGCCAUAUCCGACAGCCGAGAAUGGUGGAAUGACACUUAAGUAGACAAACCACCAACAAUAAUCGACCAUGAAACUAACAGAAGUGCCACUCCGCAACACAAAAUUCAUAUUCCCAUUCCCUGCUGCUAACUCUCGAUUACUUUUCUUCUCCUCUUCCUCUUCUUCUUUUCUGAAACCUUCUCUUGUCAAACCCUUCACUUCAAUUCGUUCAACAACUGAUAAUUCUACUACUACUACUACUACUACUACUACUACCGCCAAUAAUCCUUCUUCGUCUUCCCCAUGGCUAAACAGUUGGUCUUCUCCACCACCAAACCCUUCUAUUCAACGUGAAUCUGGAAAACGGUCCGAAGCCCGGCAUUCUUCUGAAGGUGCUGGCGAUGGUGUUCCAACCAAGACCACUGCCAUUGACCGGAUUGUUCUUCGGCUGCGGAACUUAGGAUUGGGAUCAGAUGAUGAUGAAGAAGAGGAGGAAAAUGAAUUCCUGAAUUCGGAAAUGGUUUUGACGGGAGACGAGAAAUUGCGAGAUUUGUUAAGAAGAGACUGGGUUCGUCCAGAUAAAAUGUUGAUUGAUGAUGAAGACGAGGGGACGGUUCUGCCAUGGGAGAGAGAGCAAGAGGGAAAUAACGAGGAAGGGAAUGAAAUAGGAGGGGUGAAAAAGAGGACCAUGAAAGCACCAACAUUGGCUGAGCUAACACUUGAGGAUUCAGAGUUGAGGAGGUUGAGGACAGUGGGCACAAUGAUCCGGGAAAGGAUUACAGUGCCAAAGGCAGGGAUCACCGCCCCUGUUCUCGAAAAGAUCCAUGACCAGUGGAGGAAGUCGGAGUUGGUUCGACUCAAGUUUCACGAGGUGUUAGCUCGUGAUAUGAAAACUGCUCAUGAAAUUGUUCAGCGUCGAACAGGUGGAUUAGUCAUAUGGCAAUCUGGAAGUGUCAUGAUGGUGUUUAGGGGAGUUAAUUAUGCUGGCCCUUGUUCAAGACCUCAAUCUAGUGAAAGAGAUGGCGAUGCUCUUUUUGUUCCGGAUGUUUCCUCUGCCAAUAAUCAAAUAACAAGAAAUGGCGACUCUGCUGCUACUAGUCUUGCUACAAGAACACCGGCUCUUGCAGGCCGUGCUGAGAGCAUGACAGAAGAGGAAGCUGAGUUUAGUAGCGUGCUAGAUGGCUUAGGUCCACGAUUUUAUGAAUGGUGGGGCACAGGAAUACUUCCAGUAGAUGCCGAUUUACUUCCACAGACCAUCCCUGGCUUCAAAACUCCUUUCAGGCUUCUUCCUACCGGAAUGAGGCCUCGACUGACCAAUGCAGAGAUGACUAAUCUGCGGAAACUUGCUAAAUCACUUCCUUGUCAUUUUGCUCUUGGGAGAAACAGGAAUCAUCAGGGCUUGGCAGCUGCUAUAGUUCAACUUUGGGAGAAAAGCAUGGUUGCUAAAAUUGCGGUGAAACGUGGAAUUCAGAAUACCAAUAAUGAGUUAAUGGCUGAGGAGUUAAAGAGACUAACAGGAGGCGUCCUACUGCUCAGAAACAAAUAUUACAUUGUCAUUUACCGCGGGAAAGAUUUUGUUCCUACGAAUGUGGCUACUGCUUUAGCAGAAAGACAGGAAAUGACAAAAGAGAUACAAGAUGCAGAAGAGAAGGUGCGGAAUGGGGCAGUAGAAGCAGCUCCAAGCGUUGAACAUGGAGAAACCCUUGCAGGCAGUCUCGCUGAGUUUUAUCAGGCUCAAGCACAAUGGGGAAGAGAAAAAACUAGUGAAGAACAAGAGAAGAUGAUAGAAGAAGCAUCCAAAACAAAGAUAACUAGAGUUGUUAAGAAACUUGAGCAUAAGUUAUUUAUUGCCCAGUCUAAAAGGCUUAAAGCAGAUAAAGAGUUAGCUAAGAUACGGGAAUCCUGGCUUCCUUCUGGUGCUCCUGAUGACCAGGAAACAAUCACGGAUGAGGAACGUGUUAUGUUCAGAAGAAUUGGAUUACGAAUGAAGCCCUAUUUACCACUUGGUAUUCGUGGUGUCUUCGAUGGUGUUAUUGAGAACAUGCAUUUGCACUGGAAACAUAGAGAAGUUGUAAAACUUAUAUCAAAGCAAAAAGAUACUGAAUUUGUUGAAGAAACAGCAAGAUUUUUGGAGUUCGAAAGUGGUGGGAUAUUGAUAGACAUUGUAAGGGUUCCCAAAGGUUAUGCCAUCAUUUACUAUCGUGGAAAGAACUAUCAGAGGCCAAUCAGUAUUAGGCCAAGAAACCUUCCUUCGAAGGCUCGAGCAUUGAAACGUUGGAAGGCCUUGCAGCGAUACGAGGCUCUCACUGAACAUGUAGGUGAAUUGGAGAAUACUAUAAAGCAAAUGAAAGCAGAAAAUGGUGGUUGUGAUGAAAAUGAGGUGCUUGCUAGCCAGUGUAAUGUGCAGGGUGAAGAUGAAAUUUCAUGGACAAACUGUGAUGAUGAAGAAGAAGAUGAGGAUCUUGAUUGGGAAAAUGAGGAUGAUGAUUCUAGUUAGACAUAUUGGAUUCUCUACUUUCCUUGUUAUGUUUCAGCUUUUAGUCUACUCCCUCUCUCUAUCUAUAAUAUACAUUGCGAGAUACGUCGUGAUUUUAAUAUUUCAUUUUAUUCUUUAUCUUAGUC